AUGCUGAACAAAAUCGUUGUCAAUACUUACAACCUAUGGGUCGUCGUGUUCGUUGCUUUGGGCACCAUCUCCACGGCCUACGGUCUUGCCAUCAUCGGGUCAACGGUUGGACAGCCCAACUUCUACACCUACUUCAAUCUCGCCACAUCAGGCCAGCCCGGGUAUGACCAUACGACGAACAUAAUCGGCGCUCUGAACGGCGUCAACUCGGCCGGAGCGAUUGCAGGAUGCAUCUAUCAAGCGUGGUCUGCCGAUGUCUACGGCCGGAAGCGAACCAUGCAAGUAGGUUGCGUUAUCCUGAUUGUCGGGGGCGCUCUCUGCGCCGGUGCAUACGACAUGGCCAUGUUCCUCGUGGGGAGGUUCGUUGCCGGACUGGGUGCGGGCAUCCUUGCUUGCGUGGUCCCCAUCUAUCAGGCCGAGGUCUCGACGCCCGAAACCCGCGGUGCCAUGGUCUGCGUCACGGGCAUCAUGUACGCAUUGGGCUACAGCCUUGCCGGAUGGUUGGGGUAUGCGUGCUUCUACAUGAAAGCUAAGGACCCACUGGCCCAAUUCGCCUGGCGUUUCCCCCUGGCUUUUCAGGUGGUGUUUCCCAUCAUCCUCCUUGCCGGCAGCAAGAUCGUGCCGUACAGUCCGCGGUGGCUGCUCUCCAAGGGACGACGACAAGAAGCAUUGGACGUGGUCAAGAGGUUGCACAAAACCCCCGCCGACACUGAGGACGUGAAAGCCCGGCAGGAGUUCUGGCUCAUGGAGCAACAGUACGAGAUGGACGCCAGCCUGGCCGUGCGUCGGUUCGAACUCUUCCGCACCCCGGCCAACCGCAAACGGGCACUCAUGGCCUGUGUUCUCAUGUGGGGGGACUCCUUCUUGGGAAUCUACGUCAUGACGAAUUACGGCGUUUUAAUCUACGCAAGCCUAGGUCUCGGCGGAUCUACCCCCCUCCUCCUCAACGCAUGCUGGACGACCCUGACCAUCAUCGGCAACACCUGGACAGCACUCUACAUUGACCGAUUUGGCCGACGCAAAUUCAUGCUCAUCGGAUCCUGUGGCUGUUUACUAGCCCUAAUACUGCUAUGCGCAUUGACGGCGUCAUUCUUAGGAACGGACAACACAGCCGGCCUCAAGGCCGCCGUCUUCAUGGUCUGGCUGUACAUUGUGUUCUGGUGCUUCUUCAUAGACGCCACGCAGUACGUUUACGUUUCCGAAAUCUUCCCCAACCAUCUUCGCCCGCACGGCGUCGCCUUGGGUCUGUCGGCCUUCUACCUCGCCAGCGAGGUGACGUUGGUCGCGGCGCCCGUGGCCUUGAACGAUAUCGGGUGGAAGUUUUAUUUGGUUUUGAUUGUCCCGAGCGUCUUUUAUAUAGUUGUCAUGUACUUUAUGUUUCCGGAGACAAAGGGUCGCACCCUUGAAGAGAUCGGCGACGUCUUUGGCGAUACGAUGCAUGUCGCUAGUCAUUGGUAUACUGCCUCGCCGGAGGAGAGGGAAAAGAUCGCACAGCGGGCUCUGAGGGAGACGGAGGGUGGUGUUGUUCGUGAGAAGGGCUACAAGGCUGAAGGUUCCGUCUAUGAGGUUGAGAAUGCUGGCUCUGGCUCGGAAGAAGUCGAAACUGUUGAAAGACGUGAGUUUGGCAAGGCUUGA